CCAUUACAGUGGCCUUGGCAAAGCGGCUUUAGGCAGGAGACUUGCUUGUGCUGAGACGGUAGAGUGAGAGGCUCUUCUGUGAGAUUUCCUCACAGUUUGGUCCUACCUCACAGACAGCGAGAAAGAGACCGCUUCUCUGCAGAGGCUGUGACUCAAGGUCUCUGGACAAAGCGGGCUUUGUGCUUCGUGUGUCGCACGUAGUACCCAGACCUGUGGUGACGAAGGCACCAUGCUCAGACUUCUGAGACGAGCCAUAAACUUCUUCCGAAGAAGAGUGGACUCCACCCAGGAGCAGCAGGCGGAGUUCCCUAAAGGUGAUAGCCAUUUGAAAACUAAAAAGGGAGUGGUGACAAGUUUCUAUGGCGAUUAUGGGUUGAUUAAUGGUUCAAUCUACUUCAGUUAUCAUGUUGUGACUGCCCGUGUGCCAGUGAAAGUUGGACAGAAAGUUGCAGUACUUGUGGAAGAAGACCCAGUAACUCGUAGAUGCAAAGCAAUCAAAAUAGCUGUAUUGAGGUACAAUUUCUAUACCACAGACUUGUUUUCAGAGUACAACACAGUGACUUCUGUAGAGUUGUAG